AUGUGUGAGAAGCGAACGAGGAAAAUUACAAAAGGGUCCCAACUGGCUCGCGUGCGUGAGGCGAGACGUCUGCAAAGACUUAACUGGCUUGCUUCAACGAGCAACACUGAAGAAUCCAAUCCUGCGCCAACUCCAAAUCUGCAGGCUCACAAAGCAGCGCAAAAUCGCAUAAUCUUGGAACUCGCUUGGAAAACGAUCGUACUAAUGCACAAAAACCGAUUGAUCCAACAAAAAAUAAUCGCUUUGCAAAAAGAAACGUCAGAGUUCGUUGCAUCUGUAAUGAACAACCCCGAAAAUAGACAGCGAUAUAUGGAGCAGAUCCGAUUGCACGUAAUCGCGCAACAAAUGCAACGCGGGAACACGGAGGCUACCAACAAGCCUUUGAAAGUAGAACCCAAUGUCCAAAAUGAAUCCUAA